CACUCACACACACACACACACACACACACACACACACACACACACAGAGGGUUCAUUAUGAGGGAAGAUGGCGGCGGCGCGCGCUGGAUCGAUGUGUCAGCUGUGGAAGCGCUUUGAUCUUCAGCAGCUGCAGAAAGACCUGGACGUCGCCGCCAAUUCUCUCACCAACACACAGCAUGAGAACGAACAAACACGGAAAAAACUCAUCGACCAGAGCGACGAACUCAAGAAACACACACCAGAGGAUUUACACGAACACAUCACUCCAUUGUUUAACAGUUUCCAGUCUGAGAUUGAUGCUCUGUGUGAAAGGAGUAAAGAGUCAGAGGCUGCUUUUCACAGUGUGUAUAAGAGAUUAAUCAAUGUCCCAGACCCCGUGUCUGCGUUAGAGGCGGUGCAGCAGCUGCAGGUUGCAGUUAUUAAGAUGCGCGACGUGGAGGCAGAGAACCAGAAGCUGAGCGAGAGGCUACAAGAGUAUGACCGAGAGGUCGCAGAGGUCAAAGGUCACGAAGAAACGAUUAAAGCUUUGAGGGAGAAAUUGGAGUCUUAUGAACAUUUGAUUCAAUGCGGAGUGAAAGAUGAGGAUGAAGAUGAUGAUGAUGAUGAUGAUGAUGAUGAUCAGUGUGCAGGAAAAGAAAGACCCUGUGAGAAUGAAGCAGCGAUGAUAGUGGAUGUAGCAACAGCCAAUCAGGUUCUGGAGGCGGAGCUUGGGGUGAAGCAGAGAGAGGUGGAGCGUCUGAUGGAGGACGUACAGAAACUCCAGAGCAGCCUGACUGAACUCACAGACUCAACAACCAAUCACAUUAGAGAAUUACAGCAGCAGCUGGACUCCAAACACGCACUGCUACAGGAGCUUGAGGAGAAACUGGAGGCUCAGGCAGAUUAUGAGGAGAUAAAAAGGGAACUGCGAGUUCUGAGAUCCUCUGAGCGUCCUGCAGAUCAGAGUUCCCCGAGACGGAAGGACGCGCCACUUUCUAAGCAGGAGGACGAAGAGCAAGACGGAGACGAUGUCCAGAAACAACCUGUUAAAGACCUCAGUGGUUCUGCAGAGAGCCGUCUUCCUUUCUCACCCCCGACCACACCUCCUCCGCCUGACCACGCCCACUCACAGACUCCACCCCUUCCUCGAGUCCUCCUGAAGACCAAAGCUCCACCUGAACCAUCCUGCUCGUUCACUACUGAUAUGUUCAGGCCCACCUUCAGCGCUACUUUUCCUCGUCUCUCUGGUAAAUCCUCUCCCUCGUUUCUCCAGCGAACGUUUGGUCAGAACGUGUACAGCUCUGACCUGGAGGAGGAACUGGACACGGCUGAGAUCGCUCGGCAGGUGAAGGAGCAGCUGAUGAAGCACAACAUCGGGCAGCGUGUGUUUGGACACUAUGUGCUGGGCUUAUCUCAGGGCUCCGUCAGCGAGAUCCUCGCUCGCCCCAAACCAUGGAACAAACUCACAGUGCGUGGGAAAGAACCAUUCCACAAGAUGAGGCACUUCCUGUCUGAUGAGCAGAACAUCCUGACAUUGAGGAGCAUUCAGGGACGACAGAGAGGUAGUAUCACCAGUAGAGUCCGUGUUCCUGAAAGCAGCUUGAACGAAUCCCUUAAGUCGAUUUUGGUUCAGACUAAAAGAGACCUGCAGAAACACAAAGGCGUCCGCUCGUCUUUGUCGGACGACAAACUUCCCUCCGUCCUGGAUGUCCAGCCGGUGGCGUCCGUUCCCACGAUGACCUCUGACCUUUCCAGUUUGAGCUCUGAAUUUCUGAGUUCUUCCGUAUCUGUGCUGCCGUACUCACCUGUGGAGCUCAAUGCUGUGAACAACACGUCCUCGUCUCCUGUGAUGGACUCGUGGAGAGAGCAGUGGUGGAGCACGAUACACUGUGAACAACACAAAGACACACACACUCAGGAAGACCCAGAGCACAGCAACAUGGGGUGUGAGAUUCCUGCUUCUUCUCAGGAUUACUGGAAGGAACAUUCGAGCACAGAGUCUCCAUUUACUAGAAGUUCAGAACAGAAUCUGCAGACGUCCAACACAAAUGAGACGCCUGACUGCAGCUCGGUGCUGCCUUCCUCUUCCUCUCCUUCCUCCUCACUGCAAAUGAAGCAAGUGAAGACCACGAUGGUGGCGCUAACGUCGGAGCAGUACGAAAGAUUCAUGUAUCUGGAGGUGGAUACGAUGGAGCUCACGCAGCAGGUCAAAGAGAAACUCGCCAAGAGCGGCAUCUGUCAAAGAGUGUUUGGGGAAAAGGUUCUGGGUCUCUCUCAGGGCAGCGUGAGUGACAUGCUCUCACGGCCGAAGAAGUGGACUAAACUGACACAGAAAGGCAGAGAGCCGUUUAUACGCAUGCAGCUGUGGGUUGAAGGAGAACUGCAGGACCCCAUGAGGGGGACUUCAGUAAGUGAAGUCUCCCAGUCUCCUGAAAGCUCGCCUGAGGAGCUCGUUAAGGAUCAGCAGGAAGAGGCGGAGCCUGAGUCACAUGACAUGGCAGCCGGAAUGCAGGAAGUGGUGUCCAUGCAGCCGGAACUCGACACCUACUCCAUCAGUCAGAGGGUCAGACAAGUGCUGAGCGAUAAUAACCUCGGUGAGAGAAUAAAUUGUGGUCAGCGUCUGUUCGGUGAGGCUGUUUUGGGUCUGACUCAGGGUUCUGUGUCUGAUCUUUUAACUCGACCCAAACCGUGGCACAGACUGAGUGUGAAAGGCCGAGAGCCAUUUGUGCGAAUGCAGCGAUGGCUGAACGACACAAACAAUAUCCACAAACUGAGAGAAAUCAAACACACUGAGAGAAAAGUAUAUCUGAAGAGGCGUGUGAGCUCGGUGUGUGAGGACUCUGUGCUGGACAGUGGUGUGUGUGUUGAGGCUGGACAGGAGUUUGUUCCUCAGCUGAAGAAGUCUCGGGUCAUCCUCAGUGCACAGGAGAAAGAGGCUCUGAGGAAAGCGUACGAGGAGAAACCAUAUCCAUCACCAGGAACCGUCGAGGAACUCGCACAGCAGCUCGGGCUCAAAGCCAGCACUGUCACCAACUGGUUCCACAACUACAGGUCUCGUAUUCGUCGUGGAGUCUUCAUGGAAGCGGCUGCAGCGAAAUCGGACGGCGUCUCCGAGGCACAGACGAGUGAAGUGCAGGAGGAGCAGCAGGACUCCACCUUAAACUUCCCAGAAUCCUCUGCGUCACCCCGAGUCCUGAGAGACAGCAACCUGCGCAGACGCAAAGUCGCCAACCUUAACAGCAUCAUCCACCGUCUGGAGCAAGCGGCGAGUCGGGACGAGACCCAGGAUGGAGACGUGAGUGAGGAGAGUGUGAACGCUUCCUCGUCAGGGUAACUGGAGGCGGAGUCUCAGGCAGAGCUCUGCGUAUCAGGCCACGCCCAGCAGGGGCAGUCUGAGAUCAGUGUAAUCAGCUGUAACAGGAGCUUCGUUUAUCUCAGAUUUAUCUCGUUUAUAUCUUUAUUUAAAAUCUACUGGAUGUUCAGUUAACAUUAUUUUUGAAUAUUUGAUUGAUUUCAGACAUUAAGCAUCAACACUGUGUUCAGAACAGCAUUGUGUUAAUGUGGAAGUGAAUCAGGGAGGAAUAAAGGAGGAAAACUGAUAACAGAUGAAAAAGACAAACAGUACAUUCAGUUUAUCAGCAGGAGGAGAAGAGAGAGAGCUCAUUUUCUUCUUCUUCUUGGGCACUUACAAGACAAAAAAUAAACCCCAAAUCUAUCAAAACCAUUCAGCAAUAAAGGCAGCAACUGUUACUACAAUGUUUUUAAGUGUGUGUGUGUGUGUGUGUGUGUGUGUGUGUACAGGGAAUUAAAAAAGAAGCACUUGAGGAAGCAGGUCUCUGCUCUCAGCUCUAUGCAACUCUUGCCAUCUUCAUCUAAAAAUCUUUUUGUAGGUGUUCAUUAUUAUCUCCACAAACACCCCAGUGCAUCAUGGGUACUCUGUAGCACACACACAUGAACAUCACCAGCCCUGAUGCACAGAGGAACGUUCUUCUAGAAACAAUUUACUAUAAAACAACAAGCAGCACUUCAGACCUCAGACCAAGGACCUUUACUUUAACAUCACUUCAGUUACAAACUGCACUUUAUGACUGGUUUCUAACGUCCGUACACAGCGUGAAGGGGAAACACUCGCAUGCUUUAAACCUUUAGAGGUCUCUUACACCUGAUAUACAGUUUGUUAUAUGUUCUCUUUGUGAAACAGUUGAGGUUGUGUGACUCCUCAUUAUCUCUCGAACACUGAACACUGAACACUCACUGUGGAGACUGAAGCAUAUGAAAGGAUGAGAGAAUGAGUGAGAGAUUCAUUUUCCUGUCUGUUUUAUACACGUGUGUGUGUGUGUGUGUGUGUGUGAGAGAGGUUUUCCUUCUCCUUGUUAUACCUUUAAUAAUUAGAAUAAUAGUAGUAGACUUUUAUCAGUUGCUGUAAUUUAUACAGGUAUUUUAUAAAUAUUAAAUUCUUAUGGACUUGUUUUUUUAUCUCUGUAUCUGAAGGAGUGAUAAAUGUUCAGCUUCCAUGUUGUCAGAUGAACAAAUUGCCGGCGGUUCAGUGGAACGUGCUUUUAAUGGAGAAUGGACUUUAUUCUUCUGUUAAUGAGUUUAAUGAACAUGUAACUGUGCACUACUCAUACAGGCUUUAUAAUGCAUCAUAACACAUUUACAUGAUGACAUGUAAAGCACUUUCAUGUUUGUGGCAUUUUAAUCCAAUGAACAGAUCGUUUCUCGGUCACUUCACUCUACAGAGUUUAAUCACUCGCUCGGACUUUACACACACUUUAUUUUAGUUUUAGGUGAUUUUUUCCUCCUAACAGAACAAUAACACGUUAAACCUUUUAGUUAGUGAACAGAUUUAUUAAGAGUGGGUUAAUUAGUGAAGCUUCAUGACUUUACUCUUGGUCAGAUUCAGCACUUAACACCGUCCUCUUUUUCUUUUUCUUCCUUUCCAUUUGAAUUAAAAUGAGUAUUGUUUUAUUUGUGUAUUUUAAUCGAGUCAUUAAUUUAAAGCUUUAAUUUUGUAAACAGGGGGUCACGGUGGCUUAGUGGUUAUCACGUUCGCCUCACACCUCCAGGGUUGGGGGUUCGAUUCCCACCUCCGCCUUGUGUGUGUGGAGUUUGCAUGUUCUCCCCGUGCCUCGGGGGUUUCCUCCGGGUACUCCGGUUUCCUCCCCCGGUCCAAAGACAUGCAUGGUAGGUUGAUUGGCAUCUCUGGAAAAUUGUCCGUAGUGUGUGAUUGUGUGAGUGAAUGAGAGUGUGUGUGUGUGUGUGUGUGUGUCCGUGUCCUGCGAUGGGUUGGCACUCCGUCCAGGGUGUAUCCUGCCUUGAUGCCCGAUGACGCCUGAGAUAGGCACAGGCUCCCCGUGACCCGAGGUAGUUCGGAUAAGAGGUAGAAGAUGAAUGAGUGAGUGAAUUUUGUAAACAAUAACACAGUGAUAACGGAUCUGCUAGGAAGCCCAUUUACAGGUCCGUUACACAUCAUUUACAUCUUAUUUACAUAUUUGCAUAUUAUGUGCAUGUCUGAGUAUGUGGGAGGAGUUAGAAAGGAUGUCGGCAUCAGAUUCAAAUCUCAGGUUAAAGCUCCAUUUGAAACAUUUUUGCUGUAUUAUUUUUAUUAAUGUUUUCAUUUUAAAGCUGAUGUGUAAAGAACUUUCUGUUUUAAUGUCAACAUGUAGCUCAUUUUAUUUAUAUUCUCUGUAUUUACAGCAUUAUUCUGUCUUCCAGUCUUAAAUCCUCAUGUUUCAUCCUCAAUGUUUAUUAUAUUCAGUUUAUUUGUCAGGAACAAAAGUGUGAUCAUGGAAGUGAAUAUGGUUUGUAUUUACCUCUGUGCGUGUGUGUGCGUGUGUGUGAGGGUGUGUGCGUGUGCGUGCGUGCGUGCGUGUGUGCACGUGUGUGUGAGGGUGUGUACUAUUUUAUACUUGUCAUUUAUUUUAUUUAUUCCAAUAAUUUACACCAAUUUACUGACUAAUUUGAAUUUUUAUAUGGAAAGUGAUAGAAAAAUAAAAAUUAAUGUUGUAA